GGGACUUCCGGGGCGGAGUUGCUAGGUUACCCGGUGCGGAAGGGGUCCGACCCGGCCCCGCUCGGAAACAAAGCGGGCGGCGGCGCAGCUGGACCGGGAUGGCGGCGCGGCGGGCCUGGCUCCGCGCCUGGCUGCUCUUAUGUUUUCUGCUGCAGGUGUAUUGUGAGUAUGGGAUGGUACAUGUCCUGUCAGAGAAGGGGAGCAGCAAAGGAAAAGACUACUGUAUCCUCUUCAACUCUCAGUGGGCUCAUUUGCCACAUGAUCUGGGUAAAGCUUCACUCUUGCAACUGCAGGAUCAGACAGCAUCUGUUUUGUGUUCUCCUUCUGAUGUACCUGAUGGGGGAUUUAAUAACCAAAUCCCCAUGGUGAUGCGAGGGAAUUGCACUUUCUAUGAGAAAGUGAGGCUUGCUCAGAUAAAUGGAGCUCGUGGGCUGCUGAUCGUUAGUAGAGAGAGACUGGUUCCUCCUGGGGGUAACAGGAGUCAAUAUGAAGAGAUUGAUAUUCCUGUGGCUCUGCUCAGCUAUACUGAUAUGUUAGAUAUUGGCAAGAGUUUCGGCAGCUCAGUGAAAGGGGCAAUGUAUGCACCAAAUGAGCCUGUGCUAGACUAUAACAUGGUGAUUAUAUUUGUCAUGGCGGUGGGGACUGUUGCAAUUGGAGGCUACUGGGCAGGAAGCAGAGAUGUGAAAAAGAGGUACAUGAAGCACAAACGUGACGAUGGGGCAGAGAAACAUGAUGAUGAAACGGUUGAUGUGACUCCAAUAAUGAUCUGUGUAUUUGUAGUGAUGUGCUGCUCAAUGCUGGUCCUCCUUUAUUUCUUCUAUGACCACUUAGUCUAUGUUAUCAUAGGAAUAUUCUGCCUGGCUGCCUCAAUUGGUCUUUACAGUUGUCUGUCUCCCUUUGUAAGAAGAUUCCCUUUGGGAAAGUGUAGAAUCCCAGACAACAACUUGCCUUAUUUUCACAAGCGUCCACAGGUCCGGAUGUUGCUAUUGGCAAUAUUUUGUAUCUCUGUCAGCAUAGUCUGGGGAAUCUUCAGAAAUGAAGAUCAGUGGGCUUGGGUUCUGCAAGAUGCUUUAGGAAUCGCUUUCUGUCUUUACAUGUUGAAAACAAUUCGCCUGCCUACAUUUAAGGGUUGUACCUUGCUCCUCCUGGUUCUUUUUGUGUAUGAUGUAUUCUUUGUAUUUAUCACACCUUUUCUAACAAAGACUGGGGAGAGUAUAAUGGUAGAGGUGGCUGCAGGCCCAUCUGAUUCUGCCACUCAUGAAAAGCUCCCAAUGGUCCUGAAGGUUCCACGACUGAACUCUUCACCGUUGGCUCUGUGUGACAGGCCCUUUUCUCUCCUAGGAUUUGGAGACAUUUUAGUUCCAGGCUUACUAGUAGCCUAUUGCCAUAGAUUUGAUAUUCAGGUGCAGUCGUCCAGAGUCUAUUUUGUAGCCUGCACAAUAGCAUAUGGCAUAGGCCUUCUUGUGACCUUUGUUGCCUUGGCAUUGAUGCAGAUGGGCCAGCCCGCUCUCCUCUACUUGGUGCCCUGUACUCUUCUCACAAGCUUUGCUGUGGCUCUUUGGAGAAAGGAGCUUGCAAUGUUCUGGACGGGCAGCGGCUUUGCGAAAGACCUACCUCAGCCUCCCUUGGUGAUAGCUCCUGUCAACUGCCCUGAGCUUCCCAAAGAUAGCAAUGUACCAGCCUCUCAAGACACAGAGCAAAUGACCAAUCCUACCCUCCAUGUGAAGGAGCUGCACAGCCCCACCUCAGCUGCAGAGGAGCUGGCUGAUACUGGCACAAAAAUGGACCAGUCAGAGAUUUCGGUCACACAGAGCGAGGAACCAGCUGCUCAGAAUAAGGAUGACCUUGAAAGCAAAUGCCUAAAUGGAGAGCAAAAACAGCUGGAAUAAAUGACAUGAUAAGAACUCCUUAUUUUCCCUCACAAACAUAUCCAUAUAAAACCAGUAUGUAUUUAGGACUGGUUUAGUAGUGUUUGCAUUCACUGAGGAACCUCACUGGGAGUCUGAUCAUCAAAUCCAACAAUGAAUGUUCUGCCUCCAGCUUUGGUACAGCUAUACACUUCAAACAUCUUUCUGAAAUAUGGUGCUCUACAAGGGUUCUGAUGUAUGGAUUUCAAUGAUCAUUUUAAUAGUGAAUGCCUUUGACCAUUCCAUUUUCAUUUUACCGGGGUAGUAUUAAGAGUGUUUAUUUACACAGUACUCUGUGCUUGUGUGGCUAUUUUGCUGCUUUAGCAUAGUGUAGGUUAAUGUGGAGGAAAAGCAUUGAACAAGUCUGCUACAAUGCUUAGUUGAGAGAAACAUCAUAGGUUUUUUUAGCACUUUCCCUAUUGUCACCUUUUACUUUACUUUUCCCUACUUGUCAAAGCCAUUGAUACAAGGGAAUGCUUUAGUAUAAACUGACAUUCAGGAAACGCAGAGAAUGGUUAAAUUACCAGCCUCUGAAAGGAUUUAUACUACCGUGGUGCAUUAAAUGCAUCUCUUAA